AUGGAUACCAGUGAGGACUUUCUCGAAUGUUUCACUGCCGCUGGCGAUCAUCGUUGUAAAUUGCGAUCUCUCAAAAUUAAACAACGUAAAGGGCGAAAAAUAUAUAAGAGAGAAAAAACACCGCGUUUAGAACGAAUCCACCGGAAAGUGCGAAAGCGUUCAUACCAAGGUUCAGACUUACGGUUCAAAUCACCUUGGGACUUCAAAUAA